GCACAAUAUGGCAGACGGGUUUCUCGACAACUGAGCGGAGCGCCAGCUAUCACUAGCAGCACCACCUCCAUAAGCAGCAGUAAAAGUACAGAAAACUAUUGCAAAUUACCCGUAAAGUAUUUGUUCAGUACAAGCCAGUACGGCGAUUAGCAUUCUUCAUUAGGCGUUCGAGUUUUACGUUUGUACGUCGGUGUGAUUGAAGCGGUCUGCUCAUCUAGCAGCAACGAAAUCGACCUCCUUGUCGUCAUCGUUCCGUAACGACGAUUUGGGUGCGUGCCUGUCUGUCUGUCAUUGACCACCGACUUGUUACUUUGCCUUUCGUUCCACAAUGAGUAACCCGCUCCAGCAAGAUCUAUCAGCUAGUAGGAAACCGUAUGACAGCUACGAAGACGACGAUCUUUUCGUGUCUACUGUCGAGUCACUGGGCGGUGUUGGCGGCGGCGGCGGGAAAGGUGAAGGAGACAACCGAAAAAUCACAGCAGGUCAACAAGAACUGAAUCAUAACAUCCUUGAGGCUGCAGAAGACAUCGACCUCAACGAUGAUGAUCCUGCGGAUGUCACAAGGAGACAAACUGGUCUCGACAAUGACGAGGCCGCAAAACAGACUUCGGUAGAGGACCACCGUCAUCUUUCGCCUCUCGAACAAGUUAGUCUAGAAGUCCCACCUGCUCCAACGGAUCCCGACUCAUCCGGGCCCCCAGCUAUGCUUCACGCAAGUAACACAGCUACUAAUACAAAUAACAACGACAACAGCCAUAGCAUCCAUAAGCAGCAGACACAACAGUUCCUCAAUACCAUUAGCGCCAAUGGUCAGCCUGACGACCGUUUCAUCGACCUGAAAGUCUCUCAGCCCACAAAAGUCGGUGAUGGUAUGAGCGCCUAUCUAGUGUACAAAAUUAUCACAAAGACCAAUCUUGGAUUCUUCAAAAAAGGUGACUUUACGGUAUCAAGGCGCUUUUCUGACUUCCUCGGUCUUUAUGAAAAACUCGUCGAGAAACACCUCGCAGCCGGCCGAAUUGUACCGCCUGCGCCAGAGAAGAACGUUGUAGGCAUGACGAAGGUAAAAAUGGGCAAAGAGGAAGUUGCCACGGACGAAUUCGUAGAGCGACGCCGCUGCCAGUUGGAACGAUUCUUGAGACGAGUAUCUCGUCACCCCGUUCUUGUCGCUGAUCCUGAUUUCCGGGAGUUUCUUGAAUUAGAAGGUGAUUUGCCAAAAUCGACGCACACUUCAGCGCUUUCCGGUGCUGGCGUUAUCAAGCUGAUUAGCCGGGUCGGUGACACGGUUAAUAAAAUCACCUACAAAAUGGAUGAAAAUGACAGUUCAAUUCAGCGGCCGGAAUUUCACCUCCAGUGGUUCGAGGAUAAAACGGUUUUCAUCGACAAUCUGGACAUUCAGUUGCGGAAACUUCAUACAUCCCUUGAUUUUAUGGUAACGCAACGACGGGAAUUGGCUGCCAAUUCGGGCAUAUUUGCCCGUAGUGCGGCGAUGCUUGGCAAUUGCGAGGAGCACACCGGACUCUCAAGGUGUUUGAGUAAGCUUUCUGAACUUCAUGAGAAGGUCGAGCAAACCCAGAGCCAACAGGCCAAUCACGACUUUUUCCUUCUGGCGGAGCUCCUUAAGGACUACAUCGGUCUCGUAGGAGCGAUCAAGGACGCGUUCCACCAGAGGGUCAAGGUAUACCAAACCUGGCAACACGCUCAGCAAACGCUUACCAAAAAGCGUGAACAGCUCAACCGAUAUCAGUUAGCCGCCCGUUCUGAUCGAAUUCCCACUGCCCGUAACGAAGUUGAGGAAUGGGAAGCCAAAGUCGAGCGUGGAGAAGAAGAAUUCCGACAGAUUUCAAAGGUUAUUAAGCACGAAGUGGAAGGAUUCGAAGUGAAGCGAAUCGAAGAAUUCAAGAAUUCGAUUAUACGCUAUAUGGAGUGCCUUCUCGAGACUCAACAACAACUUGCGCAACUGUGGGAGACCUUCUUACCGGAGGCUAGGGCCAUCGAGGAGUAGAAGAUAUCUAGAGAAAAAAAAACAAAUUUUCAGCCGAAAUUGUCUCCAUAACCUUCACCUAGUAUCAACAUUCGUCAUUUCUAUAUCAGCCGAAUCCACACUUCGAAAACGAAUUUAGUGAUCGGACUUCUUCUAGUUGGCUCAUUUUCGCAGGUCACCUAUUGACCCACUAGGUGGUGAUAGACGUCUAAUGGAUACUAACAAUGAUUUUAGCCGUAAAAAUCCUACUAUUUGUACUAUCUUCAAUAUCUGCCUGUGAGAUUCUGUGUACAAGUUGUCAGCCUUGCAACGUUGUGAUCUGGGUGAAGCCUGUAGCAUUACUUAAGAGCCUGCCUCUUUUGCUGUAUUAUUUUGAGACGGAUUUCAACGUUAAAUGUGAAACAAGCAGUGUUAAAAAUUGCCGAAAUGGAAAGAUAAUUGUACCCUACUGGUUGAUAUGUCACCAUGUUACUGUUUCGCACUUAUUUUAGCAAGCAAAGACAGUAUUACUGCUUGCAAACCGCUUUGACGGUCGGCUUCUCGCUAAUAUGUAUUUUCUCAAAUGAUGCUAAAGCACAUAGGGGUGAUAUGUUGUGGAGCUGAUCAGGUCGGAAAACAAUUUUUGAACUUUGAACUUAGGGCCUGAAAAAGGUGAGUCUGCAGGAGCUUGAAAGGAGUGUGGUUGAGCGUAACGAUUUGCUUGGUUGGCAGCCGAGUCACGAUCUAGUUAUAACUAUUAUUAUAGAAUAGAAACAUGGCCUUGUUGUCGUCUCUGGAAAGCAGAGAAAAACAAUAGACCAAGAUCAACGAUCAAUACUAAGUAACGCAUACUUUUACUAUUAUAAUUAUAAAAUAAUUAUGCCCAUUGUUAAGAAUCGGUUGAUCUGGUUUGUUAUAAAUAGUGACGUCAAUUUGACAUGAAUGUGCAUCUGAAAGACUUAUUAUAAUAAAUCUAACCGAUAUGAGGGACAAAUAUAAAUAAAAACCGCAGCCAUCGCCACGACGCAAUAUUAAUAAUUGAGUUUAUUAUUAUUAACGUUAACUUCAAGUAUGCAUUCACUUACAUACAAGAUAGAACGAGUUCCAUUAAGAGACCUGUCCGAACCAUGUAAUAUUUCUUUCUGUUGUUAUUAGGUAUUCCCUGAUUGACCCACACGACGCUCUAUACAUAUAUGAAAAAUAUACAUAGAAAAACACAGUAGUAUAUUAUCGCUUAUAUCUAGGAAGAAGCAAAAACAGAUUUACAAAUUCAGACAGCAACAAAAACAUCUGUUGUUAUGGCGAUCCUAUUGUAAGUUAUGCGGAUUGUUCAGAACGCAAACGUAACAAAGUCAAGUGAGUCGUGUGAAACGCUCUAUCGUGCUGCGAUUCUAUGUCGUGAUGGAUUACAUGGCGACGGUGGCUCAGGGAAACUCGUUCGUGAAGAAGCAAAUGAUUAAAAAUGUACGAGUUGCUUGUCGUACUAGUUAGCUAGUAACUUAAUUAUGAUACGACGACCACCUGUGUUAACAAUGCACUAUAGCAAAAUCGCUUAGUCUCUAUCUGGCAGAAGCACAUACUAUAACACACCGUUGAUAUAAUAAACACAAUUCGCGGAUCGCGACAAGCGCGAGAUUAGAAGAAACAAGGAGAUUGGAAAAACCAGUCUCUUCGUCACAACAAUGACCGACAGGUUGUUUUAGAAAAGAUCGAAAACCGAGAGGCUCUAAUAACCCAACGUUUAGUUAAUGAGACAGGCUUGGUCAAACAAUGAGGUUAGCUUUUUUAUCGUCGCUGGUGGAAAAACCUUUAGACUCCACGCAAGCGUGCGCAUAGCUAGAUCUGUACACUAUUAAUAAGAAUUUUCACCCAUUCUGCUAUUAGAACACAUGACAAAAUAUACAUGUAUGUAUGUAUGUGUUAACUUAAUUAAGGGAAAACCUCCUGGCAGUGCUCACAAUAUGAAUAAUUUUCUAAUGACUAACAAUUAAUCCAAGGUCUAGAGUCCAGAAACAAAUGAAAGGAUGUGCUAGUGCAAACACAUUUAAUUGGAAACGGGGGUCAUUUUUUUCAUUGCGCGUCGUGUCGAAAAACGCACUGUGUGUAUUGCGCAAAAAGAGAAAGUAGAAAAAAAAAGUGGCGAAACAAGCUAUUAUUCUAACGGAUAUACAAAAAGGGUUGUUAAUUUUAUAGGUCACGGAAAACCGAGAGGUGAAAGUCCGCGCUCAAGGCGACGCAGAUAUGCAGUGCACAAAGAUACGACGAUAAGCGAAGAGUAUGAUAAAUGAGGGAUUGAUGAAAGCAGAUGAGCGAGUUUCUUAUACCUAAAAAUGGUGGAGAUACCGAAAACACUUAGUGUUGCACUUUCAUAUAAAAAAAAAGAGGGAGAAAGUGGACAUGUAAGAAGGCAUGAUUACGAUAAUUCACCCAUAUGUGAAGUUUAUAAAGGUAUUAAUGUAGAUUUAUUAUUCAUGAGAAAAGAACAGCACGUGAAUUUGGCUACCUAGGUA